AUGGCUCAGAAGGAACCAUAUUUCGGGCUGACGGGGGUUGCCUGUGCGACUGAUAUGUCACUAUUUGGGUAUGACCAGGGAGUUUUUAGUGGCGUGGUGAUAACACAGGAUUUUCUUGAGUUGCAUGAUCUAGUUGGUCCGUCUAAAACAAAGGACUUGUCGACUGUCACUGCCAUAUACGAUAUUGGAUGUUUCUUCGGUGCGAUUGUCGCUUUUACCAUUGGUGAAAGACUGGGCCGGAAGAAAGCGAUCCUUUUGGGAACGACUGUCAUGGCAGUCGGUGCUAUACUACAGGCUAGCUCAUUCAGUCUUCCACAGAUGUUUGUUGGGCGGAUCAUUUUAGGGGUUGGAAACGGCAUCAACACAGCAACAGCACCAAUCUGGCAGACGGAAACCUCGCAGGCCAAAUGGCGAGGACCGCUUGUCAUUCUAGAUAUGAUGAUGAACAUCGCCGGGUUCUGUCUCGUGAACUGGAUAAACUACGGUCUGUCCUUCGCAGGCGGUUCAGUAGCCUGGCGAUUCCCCCUCGCUUUUCAAUUCAUGUUCCUUUUCAUUCUUUGGUCCACGACCCCUUGGCUACCUGAAUCACCUCGAUGGCUCCUUGCCCACGGCAGAGAAGAAGAAGCCUUACAAGUUCUCAGCUGCCUAGAAGCGAAACCAAUAAACGAUCCUAUCGUCAUAACCCAGCGGGACGAGAUCGCAUUCAGUAUUCAAUACGAGCGUGAGAAUGCCGUUCGUUGGCGAGAUCUCUUGAAGCGGGAUAAGAGCAAUGAUACUAAGACUCUACGUCGAUUAUCACUCGGUAUUGGAUCUCAAUUCAUGCAGCAGUUCGGCGGCAUCAACAUCAUGUCCUACUAUAUGCCAACUGUGCUAACCAACUCGGUCGGUUUACCCGAGAAAAUGGCACGGCUAUUGUCAGCCUGUAACGCAGUCUCAUAUUUGAUAUUCUCAGGUCUGGCAGUGCUGCUAGUUGAGCGGAUGGGAAGAAGAGGAUUGAUGAUCUUGUCAACCUUCGCGCAGUUCGUCUGUUUUCUCGUCAUCACAGUGCUUUUGCGAUAUUCAGAGACCAGCGAUGGUCGUGCUUAUGCCAACGCUUCGGUUGCGUUUUUCUUCCUUUACUAUGGAGCUUUUGGGAUUGGGAUGUUGGGUGUUCCUUGGCUGUAUCCCACAGAAAUCAACUCGCUCCCCAUGCGCACAAAGGGUGCUGCGGCUGCGACUGCGACUGACUGGAUCACGAACUUCAUCGUUGUGGAAAUCACUCCGAUCGGUAUUCAAAGUAUUGGCUGGAAAUUUUGGAUUGUGUGGACGGUGUCCAACGCUGUCUUCUUGCCGGUUCUCUACUUCUUGUAUCCGGAGACUGCAAAUCGUACUCUCGAGGAUCUUGAUGAUUACUAUCGCUCCGACCCGCCAUUGAUCGUGACUCAAGACCCGGAUGCGAUCAGUCGAAAGCGCCCGCUCAAAUACAUUCAGCGCGAGGAGGAUGCGCUGGAAAGAACUACGGUAAGUAAGGGACUUCCAAGCGAGCAGCAUAUUGAGUGGACCGAGCACAAGCGCGGUACGUAG